ACUACCCUUGAAGAUGCAUGCUUUCCUACCAACGGUGUUGCACUCUCUAAGGAUGAAGAUUAUCUUGUGGUCUAUGAAGUUUGGAAGUAACCACAUUUCUUGAUGAGAUUCUCCUGUCCUCUCUUAACCAACCAAGACUCUUGCUGCCUGCCACAGCCUCCUUAAAAGCAGUGCUAUUUUGAGUGCUAUUCCAUAUUAGUACACAUCCCAUCAAACUUUCUGAUUUUCUUGCUCCUGAUGGGUCUUUCUGGGUCAGCUUCAUUUCCAAGGUUAAUUAAGCUGGUCAACACGAUUAACAAAAAGGCAAUGGUGAUGAUGGUGAAUGUGGCUACUCAUUGUGAAGAUAAUGAGAAGUCCUUACUUUGAAGUUUGAGAACCAACGUUACCUGGAUGAAUGAAAUUGUUGUUAUAUUAUAUUCAAAUGGUAGAAUAUACGAAGGAAAUGAGGGUAUAAUUUUUGAAGGGGAGAAAAAGAUGAUUAAGAUAGAACGUGGGAUCACAUUUGAGAUGUUUAAAAGGAAGAUCCAGACAAAACUGAAACUAUCUAGUUGUCACGUAAUUUCGAGAUUAAUUGCACGAAUUUUAGUUGGAACAAAUGGUCGAUAUCAUACAGCUCUAGAUAUAUGUGACGAUGAAGAUAUAGAUUGCAUGAUAAGUGCUUGUCAACAACAACAUCAUAGGAAUGUAGUUGAGAUAUAUGUGGAUGUUGCGGUGGUGAAACAUCUUCUGUUAUGGCACGUCCGUUAGAAGUGAAUUUAUCACUCUCACAUAUUCAUGGAAGUGAUGAUGAUGAUUAUGCCACAAGAGAAGCAAAGUUGCAAUUUGAGAGAGAUUCCUCAUGUUCAUCCGAAACAGGAUGAAGGCAGGUUUUAAUGGAAUAAAGGGUAAAGAAAUUUCCCUUAUUUCCAUUGUUCUCAUGUCUGCAACUAUUAUUUUAUGGUCAUGGGAAAAAACACCCGGUCUUACUGCCUUUCUUCCUCCUCAAACACCACUGCAGCUGUCUUCAGAUAAUUUAGUUAGUAAUCCUUCAGUCCACAUGCAAGCACCAGAUCCACACUUGAGUGAAGAUGGUUCAUCAUUGCUAAAGAAACAGACUACUAAUGAGCCAGAAGAAUUACAUCUCAAGGGAGAAUCUCAAUCAGUUCCUGCACACAGCUCUUCUGGAAAGAGCAAAGGUGAAAGUAAUACAAGAACAACUUCAUAUACAGAACGUAAUAUAUUGCUUUCUUAAAUCACUUAUAGUUUUAAAGAGUUUACUUUGCCUCAUGACAUGGUACCAUGCCCUCUGUCAAAUGAGCAUGUGUGAACUUUAUAUACGGUGACUUAUUUAUUUAUCUUGUUGUAAUGGUCAGAAUAUCAUACCUCUGUCUAACAUUGUGCUAAGCCAGUUUGAUGGGGUUAAGUUAAAAAUAUUGUUAGAUGUAGGCAACUUCCAAAAUACAUCUUCUGUUAGAUGUUACCAUCCUGUUAGCAAUAAAAGCCUUACUACAUGAUCUCAUGUUUCCUCUCUGUUAGUCUCAUGUUAUCUUCUUGGAGCUUAAAUCUUGUUUUUCAUUGUGAAGGUGUAGAAAGUCUUUCAAGUCCGUCAGAUGAUGAAGCAAAACACAAAAGAAUCUUGGAAGGUGGGAAAAACCAUGACAUACAAACAUUUUCCAGUCCAACGACAUCUGAGGCUAAAAAAAAUAAAGUUGAGCGGGAAAAAACUUUAAAACAAGAACAUAAACCUUGGGAAGACUUUGUCAUGAACUCUCCACAGAGAAACUCUUCAAUUGGUGGAAAAGACAACAAUGGGAAUAGUGUUGUGGAAAGUAAAGUCUGUAACUAUGCAAAAGGAAAAUGGGUCCCAGACAACAACCGGCCUUUAUAUUCAGGAUUUGGUUGCAAACAGUGGCUCUCAGGGAUGUGGGCUUGCCGCUUGAUGCAGCGUACUGAUUUUGAAUAUGAAAACCUUCGAUGGCAACCCAAGGAUUGUCAGAUGGAAGAAUUUGAAGGUUCUAAAUUCUUGAGAAGGAUGCAAAACAAAACUCUAGCUUUUGUUGGGGACUCAUUGGGCCGGCAGCAGUUUCAGUCUUUAAUGUGCAUGAUCACUGGUGGUGUGGAGAAUCUUGAUGUGGAAGAUGUGGGGAAGGAAUAUGGAUUGGUUAUAGCUGAGGGCUCUGCCCGUCCUAGUGGGUGGGCAUACCGAUUCUCAAGCACUAAUACUACCAUUCUGUACUACUGGUCGGCAAGCCUCUGUGAUGUUGAACCUAUUGAUGUACACAACCCAGACACGGACUAUGCAAUGCACUUAGAUCGCCCACCAGCAUUUUUGCGCCAAUAUCUCCACAAAUUUAAUGUUGUGGUUCUCAACACAGGUCACCACUGGAAUCGUGGAAAGCUCAAUGCUAAUCGAUGGGUAAUGCAUGUUGGUGGUGUGCCAAAUACUGAUAGGAAGAUAGCAGUGAUUUGGGGUGCCAAGAAUCUUACGAUUCAUAGUGUUGUUAGUUGGGUGAAUUCACAGCUUCCAAAAUAUCCUGGUCUGAAGGUAUUCUUUCGUACCAUCUCUCCUAGACAUUUUGUUGGUGGGGACUGGAACACUGGAGGCAGUUGCGACAACACUAAACCAAUGUCAGUAGGAAAGGAAAUAUUGGAAGAGGAGUCCAGUGAUCCAGUUGCUGCAAAUGCGGUAAAGGGAACAAGGGUUAAGCUCUUGGACAUAACAGCCCUUUCUCAGCUCAGGGAUGAGGGUCAUAUAUCACGGUUCAGCAUUACAGCAAAGCCUGGUGUGCAGGAUUGCUUACACUGGUGUUUGCCUGGUGUUCCUGAUACAUGGAAUGAAAUACUCUUUGCUCAGAUCUAGUUUGCCCAUUAUGGUGCUCGGAGAGUAUUUGGUUGGCCUUGAAAAGGUUAGAGCCAUUCCUUUGGCUUGGAAACUGUCACUCAGAUUCAAAACCAUAGUUUUUCAGAGGAUGCAGUCUUGGGGGUUGCAAUAUGUCCUAGGCGAGCUUGAACUUCAGAGCUGAUCUGGUAAGAUAUUUGAAGUCUUCUGGUGCAGCGACUCGUAAAGUCGCAUUUGCCUUUAACAAAUUUUGUAGUCUUUUGUGGUAUAACUUAUUUGACAUGUAAAUUAAUUAUUCCUUUAUAUGGCCGGCCCAUUGCGAGUCCUCAGCUGUGAAGAGGGUUGGUAGACAGAGUUUAAGAAUAGGAGCAUCUGCAGAGAGUUCAUAAUCAAUUGCUGCAGAUGUUGAAGUCAGUUCAGUAGAACAGGAAAAUACCGGUGCUUUCUUCUGCUAAACAAAAUUGGGCAGGGUUGAACAGAAUAGGGUGUUCUUAGUCUUUGAAUUUACUUUAUACAUCGUGUAUUUUUAAACUUAUAUAGCAUAUACCGAAUUACCGAUACAUUUCAUGCCGAGUGUAAUAUAAUAUAUAUUCAAUAGUUUAUUCGGGAUAAUAUUACUAUUGGGGUCUGUGCGU